AUGCGUGAGCCGAAGGGCUCAAUUUUGCUUCUACUGUUUUUAGCUGCUGCCUUGGUAGUGAGGGGUGCCCCACUAGGAAGCAAAGAGGACGAACAGCUACCUCACUCGAAAGACUACUACGAUGGUUACGUUCACGCGCUUGUUGAUCAUUACGACGAAAUAUUCAGAAGUCAACGCGAUGUUUCGGCAGAAAAGCAAGAGGAUGCUAGCAAGAAAAACACUGUCGCUGAAGGAUCUGGCGAAAAUGCGCUAGAGAAAAACGAUACACAGAAUGUGAGUGAAAAUACGAUUGGCGAAAGCCUGGUGAAUAACAGCCAGGCUAAUGAGCCGACCAACGACACUGUCAGUGAUAAGCCAUACGUGAAUCCGGAACAAACUGGAAAGCCUCCUGUCACUGACACAGAAAAAGAGGAGGCACCCACACCAGAUGCUCAUAAAAAGACAGAAAAUGACCAAAGCGUCAACCCCGAAGUUGCUGAUAUGAGCAAUAUACAAAAGUCUAUGUUCAAAGCAAGCGAUGCCACUAAUUUGCCGGAAACAAUGCAGGAUAUUAAGUUUUACACGGGCAAAGCGAGAGAAUCUGAAGACAUGAAGAGGAAACGAAGCACGGACAGUGAUUUCCCAGUUCAGCUAGAUGCAAAACCACAACAGCCUAUUGCAGCUGGAGCAGCACCUGCAGUAGGCCCUUCUGCAGCAAUUAGUCCAUCGUCAAUGCCAGCUGCUACUCCAGACACAGUUGCGGAUUCAAGCAAGCGCGAUGAUAUGAAAUCAGAAUCAAAAAUUGUCUCACACUCUGCCUCUACUUAUACCCCAGGGGACCCGUUCAAGAAUCCCCCGCAGGUACCACAGAAUACCCCACCAGAUCCCAAUAAAGAGGAACCGUACAAGAAAGAUAACAAAGAAUCAGGUAAAGAAGAUACUGAAAUGGUUGUAGAAAAGAAGGAAGAAGACGAGAGUGCUAAGAAUCAGAAGAAGACUGAAAAGAAGCAAGACGGAAAGGAGGCUGAGGAUGCAGGAAAUGCGGAUGACAAGGAGAAUGAGGAGGAGAGUGAAAAAGUUUCUGAAGCUAAGAAGGAAUUUGAUGGAAAGUCUGAAGAGGAAGAAAAUGACAAGGAUAAGGAAGAAGCAGAAGAGGAGUUUAACAGUGCUCCAAACCAGGCAUUUAUACCGAUGCUGCUUGUUCCUGUAAGCGUCGAAAAUAAGGAAGAUUACGGAGGCAUUUCUGAUGCUAGUGGGGAGCGAAAAGACCUGCUUGGUAACAAGCGAGAGGACAAAAAGAAGGACGAUAAAAAGAAGGAGGACGAUGAUGAUGAUGAUGAUGAGCACGAUAAUCACGCUUACCUAGCGCCAUUAUGGGGAUACCCAGGGUGGUACGAAGCUGGUCAUGGAAUACCCUAUGGUUACGGAAACGACGUGCUUUACGGCCACCAUCAACAAGGUCACCAUGGAUACGGUCACCAUGGGCAUGGCUACCACCAGGGAGUCGGACACUAUGGAUUCGGACAUCACGGACUCGGACAUCACGGACUCGGACAUCACGGGCUCGGGCACCAUAGCUAUGGGCAUCACGGGUCCGGACACCAUGGCUACGGACAUCAUGGCUACGGACACAAUGAUUUAUUGCAGCUUGAAAAUGGGGUCAUCUGGCCAUAUGGGGGUCAUGGGGGCAUGAGUUACUUUUAUUCUCCGUGUGGGUGCAACAGUGGCAUGAGACGUGACUUAGGCUUUGGACGUCCCUUAGGUAUGCUUUAA